AGGACUGUCAGAAUUGUGUCUCGAAUUAGUUUGAAAUAAUAAAAUAAAAUCUCUAGUAGAAUCACUGACAAGCUAUGAAGUUGGAUAUAAAUUGGAAUAUACAGUUCGUGACAUUUGGAUUAAUUGCUGGGUUCGUGAAAUGUUUUCCAAUGGACAUGGAUUCGAUUAAAGAUGGAAUUCAAAUGGGUGCAUUGACUGCAGUUGGAAUGGCAGCAGAUUUAGCUGAAAAAGCGAACGCGCAUGCAAGUUUCGAUGAAGAAAUUAGCGUUGGUUCAUUUAAGUUGAAGAAAAAAUUUGAUGCCGGUGGCGGACUUAUGGGUAACGACGACGGUUUUUCGGAAGAAGAAAGCAAAAAGCGACGUCGGCGAUCACCAUGUUUUGGCCGAAGACGCAAUCAACAAACUACUGCAGCACCUGCUGGUGGCGGUGGAGCUUCGGGUGCAAAUGGUGGAGGUGUACCUGGUGGUGGUGCUAAUGGUGGAGCUCCAGGAGCAGGAGAUGCAGGUGGAGCUGGAGCUCCUGGUGGUAAUCCUGAUGAUCUUCGUCGUCGUCGCAAACGUUCUCCUGACUAUGAAAUUGAUGCCAAUGAAAAUAUUAUCCCCUAUCAAAAAACUUUUGCUCAAACAACUCAAGAAAUCGGUGAAAGAAUGCGUCAGAUGAUGAAAAACGUUCUAGAUGCUUUAGCCGGUGCAUUUGAAAAUCUCAAGAGGAGUUUUGAAAACGGAAUGAGUAGUUCAUCUGACAUGCAAUAAAUAAUAAACAUGAACAUGAAAUGAAACUCUUAAUAAAACGGUUCCUUAUUUUUACUAACAGCUUUGAA